AUCGUCUCCCUUGGAUCGUAGAAAUCUAUUGACCAAUCAAAUUAAGGGUUGCCUAAAAAAACUGUAAAAUGUCGGGCGGAAGAACAAUUGAUACACGAAGCGAGUUAAAUGAACUGGUCCGAAGAAGAUCGGAAAUAGCUGAAACACUUGCCAACCUGGAACGACAAAUUUACGCCUUCGAAGGCAGUUACUUGGAAGACACGCAGCUCUAUGGCAACAUAAUACGGGGCUGGGAUAGAUACCUUACCACUACAAAAAACACAAAUAGUAAAUCAGACAAAAGAAACAGAAAGUUCAAAGAUGCAGACAGAUUAUUUUCAAAGUCGUCAGUGACAUCGGCAGCAGCAGUCAGUGGUUUACCCCAGGCCGAUCAACUUUCAGAUAAAAUGGAUGAGCCAGAUAGUCCAGACUCACAGAACAACCAGAACUCUGCAAAUACGCUGCACACAAACGGUCACAUGUCCAAUGGCAGCGACCGUGAAUCCUCCAUGAAUACAUCGUCUGGAAAGAUGAUCAAAUCAGCGCCCAGUAAAAAGAGUAAAAACGCGAAAAGAAGCAGGGUUGGGACUGAAAACGACUGAUAUUGUGGAAUUCAACUGGAUCGGUUUUGUGAAAAGAUUAUGUCGACAUGUGGCCAACUCCACCAAUCCCGUCUUUCUUUGCUCUUUACCUGAGAGUUGAGUUGCUUUGUUUUCUCUGAAAUGUUGGAAUGCCAAAUGGUAGAAAGUUUAUGAAAGGCGCUUCGUAAAUAAUGAAAUACUGGAACCAAAAAAAUGGGGUGUUCCUGGUUGGAGCCAAUUUCAACACAAAAAAUCAUCCUCAAAUGUUAACAUGUUUAGGGGUUUGAAUAAAAACUAUGCUCUGCUUGUGUCUGCUUUCUUAUUUCUUUAUAGUCUUGUUGUUUAUUAAAACCUUUCAUUAAAAAAAUGGUAAUUACUUUCUUAAAUACUAUUUUAUGCCCCUGGAUUGAUGGUCAGGGGUAUAUUGUUUUUGGCCUGUCUGUCUGUCUGUCAUUGUAAGUGUGUGUCUGUCUGUUCCAAAAAUUUAACCUUGGUCAUAUACUUGGGUACAUAUUGUUUAUGCCCUGUUUGUUGGUUUGCGUCAUACUUAAACAUUGGCCAUAACUUUUGCAAUAUUGAAGAUAGCAACUUGAUAUUUGGCAUGCACGUGUAUCUCAUGGAGCUGCACAUUUUGAGUGGUGAAAGGUCAAGGUCAUCUCAUCCUUCAAGGUCAAAGGUCAAAUAUAUGGCUUCAAAGCGCAGUUGGGGGCAUUGUGUUUCACAAACACUUAUAUUAUGUUUCACAUUAAGGCAACAUUGUAUUGAAUUAUUUAAGGUUCUGUAUUUAAAUUUAGUAUUAUAUGGUUCUGAAUUUAAAUUUAGUAUUUUUAGCUCACCUGAGCACAACGUGCUCAUGGUAUGCUUUUGUGAUCACCUUUUGUCUGUCGUCCGUCGUGAACAUUUUGCCUUGUGAACACUCGAGAGGCCACAUUUAUUGUCUGAUCUUCAUGAAAUUUGGUCAGAGCAUUUGUCCCAUUGAUACCUCAACUGAGUUUGAAACUGGGUCAUGCUGGGUCAAAACUAGGUCACGAGGUCAAAAAAAGAAUGAUAUGUUGGUUGAGGACAAAAAUGGUUCCGGUCCGUUGAAAAACAUGGCCGCCAGGGGACGGGGCAGUAUUCCUUAUAUGGCUAUAAAGAAACCUUGUGAACACACUAGAAGUCACAAUUUUUGCCCAAUCAUCAUGAAACUUGGUCAAAACAUUGGUUUUAUUGAUAUCUUGGACGAGUUUGAAAAUGGUCCAGAUCGAUGAAAAAACAUGGCCCCAAGGGGGUGGGGCAGUUUUCCUUAUAUGGCUAUAGUAAAACCUUGUUAACACUCUAGAGGCCACAUUUAUUGUCCAAUCUUUAUGGAAUUUGGUCAGAAGAUUGGUCUCAAUGAUAUCUUGGAUGAGUUCGAAAAUGGUAACAUUUGCUUGAAAAACAUGGCUGCCAAGGGGUGGGCAUUUUUCCUUAUAUAGCUAUAUAUGGCUAUAGUAAAAUCUUGUUAACACUCUUGAGGCCACAUUUGUUGUCUGAUCUUCAUGAAAAUUGGUCAUAAGAUUUGUCCUAAUGAUAUCUUGGAUGAGUUCGAAAAUGGUUUCAGUUGCUUAAAAAAACAUGGCCACCAGGGGGCAGGGCAUUUUUCCUAAUAUGGCUAUAUACAUGCUUUAGUAAAACCUUGUUAACACUCUAAAGGCCACAUUUAUUGUCCGAUCAUCAUGAAACUUGGUCAGAUGAUUUGUCCCAAUGAUAUCUUAAAGGAGUUUGAAAAUGGUUCCGGUUGGUGGAAAAAACAUGGCCGCCAAGGGGGCAUGGCAAAUUUCCUUAUAUAGCUAUAGGUAAAUCUUGUUAACAAUCUAGAAGCCAUAUUUAUUGUGUGAUCAUCAUGAAACUUUGUCAGAAGAUUUGUUCCAAUGAUAUUUUGGACAAGUUCGAAAAUGGUUCCAGUUGCUUGAAAAACAUGACCACCAGUGGGCGGGGCAUUUUCUUAUAUGGACUUAUGAAUCUUCAUGAAACUUUGUCAGUGUAUUUGUUUAAAUGAUAUCUUGGAUGUGUAUGAAAAUGGUUCUGACCUGUUGAAAAACGUGGCUGCCAGGGUGUUCACUAGUCAUGAAAGUUGGUAAGAACAUUUUGUUCUAAUGACAUCUUUGGGCUGCACAGAACAGGUCAGUUCCUUUGAAUCUCGGGUGAGCGACUUUGGGCCUUUCAGGCCCUCUUGUUUCUUUCUUCAUUGACAAUAUAUAAGCAGGGCUAUAGAUAGCAAGCGUAUUUGCAUAUUAUGCAAUGAAAAAACCAAAAACGUUAUGAAAUUCAAAAUAAAGCGCAAAUGCAAAUUUUAUAACUUAAUUCCCGUAAAAAAACUUGCAUCAUGAAACACAACUCUUCAAACACCGGGCGUAUUUUUUAGAUGGGUUAUUUUUCGUACAAAAAUGUACUGGAUAGUUUAUAUGCUGUCCUAUGAAGAAAAGAAGGCAGUCUUUCCAGCAGUUAUCAAUCUUUGGGGUAUUAUUGUAAUUAUUCGUAGACCCGUCCGAUUUCUACUUUUAUUUUCAAGGUAUUCAACUCAAAAUGACCCGAAAACGGGGUACAUCGCUUUGAAAAGCCAUAACUUCAUCAAUUGUGCAGCGAUUUUCAUGAACUAUGAAUUAACUUUGAUCAGAAAUUCAGUAAUUGUUUGUUGUUAUGUACAGGUACCUUUUUGCAUUCCAUUUGUAUAAAUAACAUAGUAACCUUAGAAGAUUGUUAUUAAAUAUGUCAUUCCCUUAAUUACCCAAUUGAGUUAAAAAUACCGGGGGUGAAAAACCCAAUUAAGCUCAAAAGUAGGGGGUUAACAUUUUUGCUAAAACUAUUGAAUUUACAAAAACCCUAAUGUUGUCAAAAACAGGGGAUGAUUAACCCAUAUACCCCAACAGUUAUCUAUAGCCCUGUAGAAGCUUGUGUGAUACACUUGUAUUUGUUCUACCUGUAUAAUGAUGUCAUAUCAUAAGGCACCAUUUUAUGUUUUUAUGGAAUUAUUUGGCUUCAUUUUGAAAAUAAGGCUAAAACAAAGUACAUAUGUCAUAUAUAUAAUACCAUGAGUUUAUUAGACAUUUCUUCCAUUAAUCUGCGUGAAUAUGUUGCCCACUGGAUUAGUACUGUUCCCCAGCUUUUCAAAAUAACUUAUGUUGUUAAAAACUAACCAAGUAUUCUGUAUAUUGUUAUAAUUCUGAAUGAUGUUUGACAUAUUUCCUUAGAUCAUGUAACCUUUACUACAGUACUGUCUUGUUGCCAUAUACAUGUAUAAAGGUAACUUAUAUUGCAUGACUUCAUUAUUGUUUCCUCAAUGGAAAUAUACUCCAUUAAUAUCUUAUCUUCCUACAAAGCUUUCAACUCUUUUAAGGUCACUUUUUUUCUGAGCAAUUGUAUUGUAUAGAACAAGCAUAUUUAACUGUUGUCAUUAUACCCCCACAAAUGAAGUUUAGAGGGUAUAUAGGAGUGAGCUUGUCAGCGGUCUGUCUGUUGGUCCGUAUUAAGUGUCCGCUUUCUAAUUCAAGUUGUUUUCAUCCGAUCUUCACCAAACUUGGUCAGAUGUUGUAUCUAGAUUAUAGUCUAGGUCAAGUUCGAAUAUGGGUCAUGCCGGGUCAAAAACUGAAACAAUAUUUAGAGGCUUAUUUUACACCAGUUUGAUUAAAUAUUACCUUUGCUUACUGAUUCAGCGCAUAGUCUUAUUUUUAAACGCAGGCAAAAUGUAUUUGUGAUUCCUUUUUUUCGUCGCAGAAUUCAUGCAUUAACGGAUCAGUUGUAGCCAUAACGGAUCACGUGACUGAAACAACUCAGGGGACAUCUGACACGCUAUUUGAACUGUCGAAACAUGAAAUGUGUUGUUUACAAUGACCAAGUUACAUUGCCAGUUAUAAAUUAUAUGCAUUUUUUGUUAUGUAUUGUUUUCUAUAUGUGAUCUUUUCUCCACACUUUACGCAUGGUGUGUGAAUUAUCUGUUGAACAUCCUAAAAAGAUCGAAAAGAUAUGGGCAUCUUAUAAACCGUCUAAAUUGUUUGAAUCAUAUCUUAUCAUCGAUAUUUAACAUGGAACAUAAAUAAAACAUUAAGAUUGAGAUCAUUUAUUGUAAGAAUCAACAAGAUUUGAAUAUAUUUUAAUAUAAUAUAUUAUCAAUAGGCAUAUUAUCACGCUUAAUCCGUUAUUGCCCUAAUUCUUCAUUGCAUUUAAGGUGUUGCAAAAUCUUAAACACGAAUCAAAACUGAAAUGGAUGUUUGCAGGCUGAAAGUAAACUUCUUACUUUCCAACAGAGUUAUAGCAUGUGGCCGCGAAAAAUGUUCAACCUCAAUUUGGAAACGAGACGGAAGUCAACAACGUCAUAUAUACAUGUCAGCAAAACAUACCAAAAUGUUUGACAAAGAGUAGCUCCGAUUUCGACUCGAUCAAUGCGUUUUAAAGAACAGGCCUUGAAGAUGCUGUGUGCAAAAUAACAUCUAAAAUGUCAACUAUUUAUCGCGACACGCAGUCUUGAACAUCAAAGUGAUCCGGUAUGGGUAAUGAUCCGGUAAUGGUAACUUGCCUGUAGUUUUCAUCCGAACUUCACCACACUUGGUCAGAAGUUUUAUCUAGAUGAUGUGUAGGUCAAGUUCGAACAUGGGCCAUGCCGGGUCAAAAACUAGGUCACAGGGUCACUAUGUGCGUUUUAAACAUUGAGCAUCGUGUCUGGUGUUUUUUGUAAAGACAACAUGCAAAAUAUUCUGUGUCAAUGCGGCAUGUGGGGGUAUUCGUCACGUCUGUGACAAAGCUCUUGUUUGUUGUGAGUGCACAAAAUAAAUGGUUAAUACCAAGUUGUUCAUCAUGAAACGCAUGAUUUUAAAUGUGAUAAUAAGAUAUCAUGAGCUUUUGUCUUGUUUAUACUCACAGGAUCCCAUUCUAUUUAUGUGCAUGUUAUCAAUAAUUGUAAAUCAACAAACUUUUUUUAAACGAAUAUAAAUAUUUUUAACAAAAUUAGUAAAUGCUCAUUCUCCUGGCGUUCAUCACUGUUAUAUUUUAAUAUAUUCCAGUGAAGAAGUGCUGAUUUUUUUAAUAGUUUAGAUUUACCGAUGUAUAGUUACUAACUCAUAAAAAAGUAAUGAAAUGUAUGUUAAAUUGUGUAAGUUGUUUUCCUUUUAAAGUUGAAAUGUACGUCCAGUAAACCUUUAUUGUAUGCAUGAAUUUAAUUUGAUGGAAAAAGUGUAUCUGUAACUUAUUUGCCUUGAGGGCUAAGAGAAGUAGUGAAUACAGAAAACUACAAAAUUA